AUGGUGCCCGUCAAUCGCCUUGGCCCGGCGCGGCACUCCCGUCGCUUCCACCACACAACCGCCUCCAAAUCAUCGCAGAGACCUUUCCUCGACAAGACCCUCCCGGCACCACCUGCUGCGCCGGCUUCUCAAUCCACAGCCUCGGAACCAACCUCGAGCUCAAUGACGACGGUCCUCAUCGGCGCUAAGCAGCAGCCCUUCAGCGUGAACAGGCAACUUCUCUGCGAGGCAUCGACCUUUUUUUCCGAGCGCCUCCUGGACGCCACCCAGCCGAAACCAAUUGCCCUCUGGCUCCCCGGCGAGUCGUCCGCCAUGUUCACCAUGUUCGUAAGCUGGGUUCACGACCCCGACUCGUUCCGCCGCCUCUUGGACCACUCCAUGGCCGCGGCUCACGACAAGAGCGAGCAGGCCGCGCAGGACAUCCACUGGGCCGUCAUCCGCUUACACCUCUUCGCCUCGCACCUGGACCUUCACAAGCUGCAGGACCAGGCCAUGGACGCUAUCCAGGACCUGUACCUCAGCUGCGACUGGGACGUGCCACCCAGCCUGAUCGUCUACCUCUACACCCAGUGCGAGUCACUGCCCGCCGUGCGCGUCCGAAGAUGGGCCGUGGCCAUGGUUGCCUUCUCGCAGGCAGUCGGCAGCAAUGUCGGGCGGCUCAAGUUCUAUCCCCAGGAUUCCGCCACCUCGGUCCCGGCGCGGUUCCAGGCACUUCUCGACUCGCUGCCCGACUUUGCGGCCGACUACGCCACACACGUCCGCAACAUGAAGGCCGCCGGGCUGGACGUCCGCUUCAAAAACCCGCAGCUGCGCAUCUCGGCCAACAAGCUGCGCAACGACGAGCGCAUGUUCGGCUUCCGUGAGUGCUCGUUCCACUCGCAUCGUGCCGCCGUCGGCGAGGGGCGCUGUCCGCACGGCCAAGCGACGGGCCACAGCAAGCACUCCGACAUGGGCCUGCGGCUACGGGACUCGUACACCGGUGUCCGGGAGCUCAUGCCGCAGCCGUUGUUUGCCAACAGCGAGCGAGAGGAACGGAGGUCACGGCAGGUGCAGUCUGUCUCGAGCGGGCUACGAGAACGGUAG